AUGCCAAUCAGUUAAUAAGAGUAAUCGAACCUGAUUUAUAUGGUUUAGAUUUACAAGGAUGGUAGGUAUAUAAAUAUAUUUAAAUGUAGACUUAGAGAAUUAGAAGUUGGGGUUUUUUUAAAUAAACUCCUACAAUGGCUUAUAAAUUUCUUAUACUCAGUAACAUAUGGCAAGCAAGAAGUGUUUAAGAAUCCUAUGCAGGAGGAUGGAUUAAUUAAUUUUACUUAAGAAGAUAUUCAAUAUUUAUCGUUAGUUCACCUUUUUUUAAAACAGUUGAUGCCUCUUUAUAUCUGCUUAAGACCCCUCCUAAUUGUCAGAAGAUAUAAAUUGUAAACUUUAGAACUGAAAAACAAAAAAGAACACAAAAACUCACAAAAUUAUAUAAAAUAGACAGAUGAAGAAGAUUAGUUAUAAAAGAUUUUGAAUUGCUAUUAUUAUUACAUAAUCAUGUUAAGGAGCAUAUACUAAGACUCUCUCUAAUUAUAUUUGAUAAUUUUCAAUUUCAAACUCUAGUAACCUUUAAACCGUUAUCAUAUCUUUUUCACUUUAAUUAUAUCAAUCACUUUUUCUGCUUAAAUAUUUAAAUCUUCAGACGCAAUAUGA